GAGAUCGCGGUGUUCCACGAGAAGGACAUCGACCGCGGGAUGACGAAGGAGCAGGAGGAGCAGUGGAAUCAGGAGGACGAGGAGCAGGUGACGCAGAAGCAGCAGGAUCCGGCGUCCAUUCCGUGGGGCACCGUGGGCGCCGCGUACAUCUGCGAGUCCACCGGCGUCUUCACUGCCAAGGAGAAGGCCGAACUUCACAUCGGCGGCGGAGCCAAGAAGGUGAUCAUCAGUGCCCCCCCGAAGGACUCCGUCCCGAUCUACGUCGUCGGCGUGAACCACACGGAGUACAAGACCUCCGACACGGUGGUGUCCAACGCCUCUUGCACCACGAAUUGCUUGGCCCCGCUGACCAAGGUGGUGCACGAGAAGUUCGGCAUCGUGGAGGGCCUCAUGACCACGGUGCACGCGAUGACCGCCACGCAGCUCACGGUGGACGGCCCGUCCCGCGGCGGCAAGGACUGGCGCGGCGGCCGCUGCGCCUCCCAGAACAUCAUCCCCUCCUCCACCGGGGCUGCCAAGGCCGUGGGCAAGUGCCUCCCCGCCGUGAACGGCAAGCUGACGGGCAUGGCGUUCCGCGUGCCCACGCCCGACGUGUCCGUGGUGGACCUGACCUGCCGCAUCGAGAAGGGCGCGAAGUACGACGAGAUCGUGGCCGCCGUGAAGGAGGCGGCGGCCGGUCCGAUGAAGGGCGUCCUGGACUGGCUGGUCCGCGCGGCGUUGGCGACCCUGCCGUGCUCGCUCGUGGGGGGCCAGUGUCCAGCUGAUCUGCUGCUGGCCAAAGCUGGUCAGGCCAUUUUCCAUUUUCAUGUUCCUCUCGCCUUCGCGUUCGAUCCCGUCCUUGCUAUCACCGUCGUUCCCGCCCUCGUUCCACGCUUCGUUCCCGCCAUCGUUUUCGCCUUCGCUCCCGCCGUCGUUCCCGCCCUCGUUCCCGCCGCUCCCGCCUUCGUUUUUGCCCUCGUUCCCGCCAUCGUUCCCGCCCUCGGUCUUGCCUUCGUUCCCGCCUUCGUUCCCGCCUUCGUUCCCGCCUUCGUUCCCGCCUUCGUUCCCGCCUUUGUUUUCGCCUUAGUUUUCGCUCUCGUUCCCGCCUUCGUUCCCGCCUUCGUUCCCGCCAUCGUUGUCGCCUUCGUUACCGCCCUCGCGCCCGGGGAAUUCCCGAAGCACAGAAUAAUCCCGGAGGCGCCCAGAGUGCAGCGGUUCCCCUCCGCGCGCCCUGCCCCCGACCUGUCCCGGGCGGGCGGCGGGGAUUGGGGCGGUCACUGCGAUGCGCAUCUUGUCGCGGCGUGGCAGCCGGCCGCCCUGAGGCCUUACCUGAGCGUUGCCGCAGGGCGGCGUGCGCAGACGGGCCCAGUUCGCUGUGCGUGGCAGCUG